AUGAGUAGAAAAUGGAGAGACAAUAUGCUGGUUCAGCUAGUUCGACUCUUUCUUAUAGAUGAGGUGCACACAGUGAAGGACGAAAGCCGCGGGGCAACACUUGAAGUUGUGGUUAGCAGGAUGAAAACAAUUCAGGUUUUACUGGCACAUACAACCAACAGUGUAGAUGUACAGCUUCCUAUGAGAUUUGUGGCAGUUUCAGCAACAAUUCCCAAUGCUGAUGAUAUUGCAGAGUGGCUAUCAGAUGGACAAUGCCAAGCCAUUUGUAUGAAAAUGGAUGAAUCUCACCGACCAGUGAAACUACGCAAAGUAGUAUUAGGAUAUCCUAGUGGCUCUAAUCAAACAGAAUAUAAAUUUGAUCUAACCCUUAACUAUAAGGUAGCAAGUGUUAUACAGACCUAUUCUGACCAAAAGCCAACGCUUGUGUUUUGUGCCACUAGGAAAGGAGUACAACAUGCUGCUUCUAUCCUCGCAAAGGAUGCAAAAUUUAUUAUGAGCAUUGAACAUAAGCAAAGGCUGCAGAGGUCUGCUAAUGCUAUAAAAGAUGGAAAAUUGAGAGAUCUUAUGCUUUAUGGUGUUGGAUACCACCAUGCUGGAAUAGAUGUGUCUGACAGGAGAAAUAUUGAAGCAACUUUUACAGAGGGAGACCUGCCAGUACUUUUUACCACCAGUACUUUGGCUAUGGGUGUUAACCUUCCAGCUCAUUUGGUGAUCAUAAAAUCCACAAUGCACUAUGCAUCAGGAGUAUUCCAGGAGUACAGUGAGACAGAUAUUCUGCAAAUGAUCGGAAGAGCAGGUAGACCUCAGUUUGAUUCUACAGCCACAGCUGUUAUCAUGACAAGGUUAAGCACUAAGGAGAAAUAUAUGCAAAUGUUGGACGGUGCAGACACCAUUGAAAGCAGCCUGCACAGACAUCUUGUUGAACAUCUGAAUGCAGAAAUAACACUACAUACAAUCACAGAUGUUAACAUUGCUUUGGAGUGGAUCCGCUCAACAUUUUUAUAUGUCAGGACACUGAAGAAUCCAUCUCACUAUGGUUUCCAAAGAGGAUUAGGUAAAGAAGGGAUUGAAGCUAAAUUGCAAGAAUUGUGUUUGAAAAAUUUAAAUGAUUUAUCGUCUGUUGGAUUAAUUGAAAUGGAUGAAGACGUUAAUUUUAAGCCUACAGAAACUGGUAAACUGAUAGCAACCUAUUAUAUUGCCUUUGACACAGCCAAACUGUUCUACAAUAUUCAUGGAAAAGAGACCUUGUCGGAACUGGUCACAAUAAUAUCUACAUGUAAAGAAUUCUCUGAUGUCCAACUCAGAACAAGUGAGAAGAAAUUGCUCAAUACAAUGAACAAGGACAAAAACAGAAUUACCAUUAGGUUUCCGAUGGAGGGUAAAAUAAAAUCCAGGGAAAUGAAAGUGAACUGUCUUAUACAGGCACAACUUGGAUGUAUUCCUGUUCAAGACUUUUCACUAACACAAGACAUGGCAAAGAUUUUCAGACAUGGCAUACGAGUAACUAAAUAUCUGUUAGAGUUUCUUGCAUUGCAAGAAAAGAAAUUCACUGCAUUUCUGAAUGCCUUAACUCUUGCUAAAUGCUUCAGAUGUAAAUUAUGGGAAAAUUCAACACAUGUGUCCAAACAACUGGAAAAAAUUGGUGUCACCUUGGCUAAUGCUAUGGUAAAUGAAGGACUGACAUCUUUUAAGAAAAUAGAAGAUACAAACCCCAGAGAGUUGGAGCUGAUUGUUAACAGGAAUCCUCCAUUUGGAAAUCAAAUAAAAGAAUCUGUACUGCACCUUCCAACCUAUGAGCUUGGCAUUGAACAGUUAACAAGAUACACUUUAUCAGUUGCAGAAAUUGUUGUUACUGUCCUGUUAACAAAUUAUGAGAAGUUACAGAAAAAGAGAACAGCACCAGAUUGUCACCAUGUUACACUUAUUAUUGGAGAUACUGAUAACAAUAUUGUCUUUAAGCAGAAAAUAAUGGACAAUGCUUUGUUGAAAUCAGGAACCUGGACAAGAAAAAUUGACAUAAAGAGGGCUUUUACAUCUGAUGAGUUAAGUGUUCAUUUAAUCAGUUCUGACUAUGUUGGCCUUGAUAUUCAAGAAAAAUUUAGACCUCUAUAUUUAGGAGAUCAAAAAUUUGGACCAAAUGUUGAUGCUGAAUCAAAGUCUGAAAAUUUAUACUUUGUUAAACUUGAGAAGUCUGACACAGUUUUUUUUAUCUUCUGUUAA